AAGAAGAAUUCCACCACCAUCGCAGUGGAAGUGAAGAAGUCUCAGCACAAGUAUGUGAUCGGUCCCAAGGGAAACACCCUGCAGGAGAUCCUGGAGAAGACUGGUGUGUCAGUGGAGAUCCCACCGUCCGACAGCAGCUCAGAAACUGUCAUCCUCCGUGGGGAGCCUGACCGCCUGGGUCAGGCCCUCACUGAAGUUUAUGCCAAGGCGAACAGCUACACUAUUUCCUCGGUCACAGCUCCUUCUUGGCUUCAUCGUUUUAUUAUUGGCAAGAAGGGGCAGAACUUGGCCAAGAUUACCCAACAAAUGCCCAAGGUGCACAUUGAGUUCACUGAGGGAGAAGAUAAGAUCACCCUGGAGGGUCCCACCAAAGACGUGCAGAUGGUGCAGGGCCAGAUUGAAGUCAUUGUAGCAGAUUUG